AUGGAUUUCUCCAAUCUUAAAGAGCAGGUCAGCAACAUCACCUUGUAUGACCUCAAGGCUGGUGUUCGCAAGGUGCAGAAUGCUGUCAUGAACUAUACCGAGAUGGAAUCCAAGGUCCGGGAAGCUACAAACAAUGAGCCCUGGGGUGCCUCAACCACGUUGAUGCAGGAUAUCGCAAAUGGAACGCAUAGCUAUCAAUUACUCAAUGAGAUUAUGCCCCUUAUCUACAAGCGAUUCACCGACAAGGCCGCAGAGGAAUGGCGACAGAUCUACAAGAGCCUCCAGCUCCUUGAAUUCCUUAUCAAAAACGGUUCCGAACGAGUUGUCGAUGAUGCACGAUCCCACAUGUCGUUGAUUCGGAUGCUCCGGCAGUUCCACUAUAUCGACGCGAAUGGCAAGGACCAGGGUAUCAAUGUGCGCAACCGGUCAUCCGAGCUGGUGAAAUUGCUGGGUGAUGUGGAUCAGAUUCGAACUGAAAGAAAGAAGGCCAAGAACAACCGCAACAAGUUCAGUGGUUUCGAAGGUGGCGUGGGCGUCGGAUCAGGCAUGUCUAGCUCGGGAUCGGGCCGCUAUGGCGGCUUUGGCAGCGAGAGUCUGGGGUACGGUGGAUACAGCGGAGGUGUCUACGGUGAUGGUGGCGGCUUUGGCGGGGAAUCGGGCGGGCAAGCUGGCGUUGAUUUCCAGGACACCGGACGCCGGUCUAACCGCUUCGAAGAAUAUGACGAGUAUGAUGAAGGAGGUGCCCCCGCACGCUCGCGUGAGCCUGCCGCCCGGGCGAAGCCCCAAGCAAAGAAGUCCGAGCCGGCUCCUGCGCCUGUAGCGGACCUCUUCGACUUUGGUGACGACGAGCCUGUUGCUACCGCGGCUUCCACCUCGACCGGCAAACAGCCCGCCGGCAGUGCUCUCAACAUGCUAGACCCAUCCCCAGCUGACGAUGACGAUUUCGACGACUUCCAGUCCGCAACACCGGCUACCCAGCCUAUCCAGCCGUCAAACCACUUCGGCAUCCCUCCUCCAGCAUCCACUGCCAGCACAAGUUCAAGCACCCAAUUCGUUGCGCCUCAGCCAAUCUCGGCCUCGCAGGGUGCCAACAUCAAUGGCCUAGUUGGGUUCAAAUCGGCCACCCCCACUCCCUCUUCCAGCGGCAUCUCUACUCCCCUUUCACAGAUGGCCCCGAUGCAACAACAGAAGCCCACUGGGUACCAAGCUCCCACACCGAACUAUUUCACCUCCGUCAACGUGCCCCAACAUUCUGGGUCCUCUCACGGUGCCACCUCCAUGUCUGUGGCUUCUCCCUCAGCAGCGAACAAGCCAGCUUCGGCAGCAGCCAAGAAGCCCUCCGGUGACGCCUUCGGCUCGCUGUGGUCGACCGCCAGCGCCAGCGCGGGGAUCCAGAAGUCCAAUACUGGCACAAAAAAGGGCCCUAACCUUGCUAGCAUGGCCAAGGAAAAAGCUAGCGCCGGCAUCUGGGGCGCCCCAGCUCCCUCCAGCAUUGCAUCCAUGCCUAGCCAGCCCCAGUACAAGCAACAAUCUAGCUCGGCCUUUGAUGAUCUGCUUGGUUGA